AUGGAAAAAGGAAAGAGUAGGUGUUUUAAUUUACUUUUUUUAGAGGAGGAUGAAGAAUAUAUUGAUGAUAUAUUAGCAGUAAUGAAAAAAGUAGAAGGAAAUAAUAGUACGAGUGAAAGUAGAGGUAGAUUGAGAUUAUGUUCAAAGUCGUUGAUUUUUGAGCCAUAUAAUAAUAAUGAAGAUGUAUUAAAAUUUUCAUUUAAAAAAUUAGAAAAUAUAAAAUUAUAUGAAAUCCAAAAUGAGAUAGUAAUAAGAACAUCUGAAAUUGUAAAAAUAAAAACAGCUAUACAUGGGAAAAAAACUAGAUGUACAUCCCAAUUUACUUAUGACAGGAAAAGUAGGAGAGCAAUUGGGAUUAUGAAUAAUUAUUACAAUGAUUAUACUAAUGAAAUAAAGAAUAUUGAUAACCAUAAUAUAGAUGAGCAUAUAAAUAUAUUUGAAAAAAUUUUAAACAAUUUUGGUGAAGGUGAAGGAGGGGAUGUUAAUGAUGCUGGUUUUGCUUUUUCAAAUAGCCAAGAAAUAAAAUCGGCAAUGAGUAAUAACAGUACAUUGGAUAAAAAAGGGGAAGACAUAUCUUUAAAUGAAAAAAAGAAUAUUGUGAAUAAAUAUGGUGAAGGAUCUGAGAAUGGUUUAUCGAAUGUUUUUCUAUGCUCCUUUAAAUGUGAUGGAGCAAGUUUGAUGAAUAAAAAAAUAAAAUUGAUUUAUAACAUUGUUGUAAAAAUAAAGAGUGCAAUAAUUAUACAUGAAAAACAAAUGGAAAUAUUAAUUAAAGAAAAAAAAAAUCGUCAAAGAAAUUUAAUGGGAAUAGGAAAUGAAAAUGAUAUAGGUGGUAGUUCAGAAAUAUCUCAAGGUGUAAAUGUGAAUAAUAAUAAUAAUGAAGAGGUAGAAAGAAAAGAAAUAAAUUUAGAAUUAUAUGUACAAAACAUAAUAGAUAAAUUAUCUGAAGGUACAAAGUUUGAUAUUAGUAGUAUAAGUUUACAUGAAACAAUUAUUUCAAAUAAAAUGGAAGGAUUUUGGGUUUUUAAAAUAUCACCUCUUGUUAAAAUGAAAGGGAUAUUAAAUAUAACAAAUAAAUAUAUAUAUUUUCAACCUAAUCCCAAUUUUACAAAUAAAAAAGAAAAAAAAUGGGAAAUCGAUAAAAUAUUACAUGUAUUUAAAAGAAUUAUAACAAUGAAACCAAAUUCAUUAGAAAUAAUAUUUGAUCACCCAAGUAAAAAAUAUAAAUCUUUAUAUGUAGAAUUUGUAAGUUAUAAUGAAAGACAGAUAAUAUUGAAUGUGUUAAAGAAUAUAAAACCUGAAUGUUUACUUAUUGAUGAUAAUCCCGAAUUUUUACAUCUAGUUAUGGAUAAAUGGGCAAAUGGAUUAAUUACAAAUUAUGAAUAUAUUGAUUUUUUAAAUUGUAUAUCUGGUAGAAGUAGAAAAGAUUUUUCUCAAUAUCCAGUAUUUCCAUGGAUUUUAUCUGAUUAUUCAAGUAAAAAAAUAAAUUUAAAUAAUGAAAAGGUUUAUAGAGAUUUAACAAAACCAGUUGGUUGUUUAAAUGAAAAUCGAUUAAAUUCAUUGAUUGAAAAAAUGCAUGACCAUGAAUAUUUUUUUGGAUCUCAUUAUUCUACUUUAGCAUAUGUUGUAUAUUUUUUAAUAAGAAUAUAUCCAGAAUGUCAAUUAAAAUUACAAAGUGGGAAAUUUGAUACUCUUUCACGAAUGUUUGUAUCGAUUGAGACUACAUUUAAUACAGCAUUAAAUGCUAAUUCAUCUUUUAUUGAAUUAAUACCUGAGUUAUAUGAAAACAAUGAGCAUUUUUUAAAAAACUAUUUAAGUAUACAAACAAGUGAAGGAAAUUUAGAGGAUGUUAUAUUACCUAGUUGGUGUAACAAUGCAAAUGAUUUUCUAACAAUCAUGAAAAAUGCAAUGGAAAGUAAUUAUGUUAAUAAAAAUUUACAUGAAUGGAUUAACCUAAUAUUUGGAUAUAAACAAAAGGGACAAGUUGCUAGAGACAACAUAAAUUUAUUUCACCCAUUAACAUAUAUGCAUGCCAUUUUAUAUGAAAAAUUAUCUAUGAAUUAUAAAACUUAUAAAGAAGUAAAUAAUAAUAAUACAAGUGGAUUUGAAAAAUUGAAAUCAAAUAUAACAGGCUUACAAAAACAAUUAUUAGCAUUACAACCUCAUGCAGAACAAUAUGGGGAAGAUAAUAAUGUUGAACAGAAUUUUAAACAUCAAAUAAAAUCAUUAAUAACUUCAAUGUCAUCAAAAGCUUUGAAAACACAAUUGCAUGAAUUUGGACAAUGUCCUUAUCAACUAUUUAAAGAAAGUCAUAUACAAAAAAAAUCAAAUAUAUCUUUUGAAUUAAAUAAAAAUAUAAAUAAUUUUCCAUGGUAUUAUUCACCAGCUAUUAUAGAACUUUUAGAGGAUAUUUAUUAUCAAAAAAAAAAAUCAAAAAAACGAAGACCAGAAAAUUAUGAUAGUAGUAUAGAUAAUUCAAAUCAAGAGGAUAGUGUAGAAAAUAGUGAAAUAUAUAAUUCAAAUAAUGAUGAUCAUUCAGAUAAAAGUGAAGAGAGUGAUAAUAAUCUUUAUGUUGAAAAUUGUGAUGGAGUUAUAACUGUUGAUGACUAUUCGAUUGAUAAUAAAUUUGAUGAAAAAAAAAAAGGAAAUAAUUAUUCAAAUUAUUUUAAAACACAUUUAUGGAAGUUAGAAAAAGUAGAUAAUAUACCAUGUAAUAUAAAAGGUGUAUGUUCUAAUGAUAAUAAUAAUAUUUGUUUUAUUUGUGAGAAUGGAUUUAUUAAAAUUAUUGAUUGUUAUGAUUUAUUAAGUUGUAAAAAUAAAAAUAAUAAAAAUAUAAUAUCUUUAAAAUUAUGUGAUGAAACAUUUUCUUGUCUAACUAAUAUAAAUACAAAUUUUAUUAUGGGUACAAUAAAUGGAAAUUUAAUUUUUAUGAAUACUCAAGGGGUCAUAAAAAAGGUUGGCGAUAAUAAAUAUGAUACUAUAAAAGGGAAAACAACAAAAUCGAUAAAAAAUGCAGACUCCGAUUUAGGAAGCCUCUCUAAGGAUGACAAGGAUGACAAUGAUGACGAUAGUUGUGAUGGAAGUUCAAUCUGCUCAUCCUUUGACGACGUUUUUAAUUAUAAAUAUUGUACAGGUGAAAAUGAAGAAGGGGAUAAUAAAAAUAUUAUAAAUGUUGGAAAUAAUGAAAAUGUUUACAACAAAUUAAUUAAAAAAAAAAUACAUAAUGAUACUAUUAGUUGUAUGAGUUAUAAUAAUAAUUAUUUGGCAACUGGGUCUUAUGAUGAAACUAUACAAUUAAUAGAUGUAGAAAAUAAUUUUGAAAUAUUACAAACUUAUGACAAUUUUAAUAGUUCAAUAAAAAAUAUAGAAUUAAAAAAUAAAUUAUUAUUUACAAGAUCAGAUGAAAUAAGCUUAUUUGAUAUUAGAAUGCCCCCUAAAACGGUACUAAACAAUGUUAAUAAUUCUAAUCAAUUUAUAAAAAAUUUUGCAACUAAUAGUCAUAAUACAAAAAAUUAUAUAAAUAAUAUAAUAAAUGGAAUAGGUUUUGGAAAUAUUCUAUCUAUGCCAUUUUCAAACAAUUUUUUACCUGACUAUAAGUUUGAGCCUCUUGUAAAUGGAUAUGAAGAUAAAAAUUAUAAUAUUAAUUUAAAAAAAAAAGUGAAAAAAAAUAUGAGCAAUUUACUAUUUGAUAAUGAUAAUAGUAAUGAAGAAACUUAUUUAGAUUGUAUAAAUAAAAGUUAUACACAUUCUCAACAUUUAUUUGAAAAAAAAAUAAAAAAAAAUAUGAAUUAUGUAUUUUCAAAUAGAUCAUGUAAUAUUAUAUAUUCUUCUUUAGUUAAUGAUAAUAAUAUUUUAUGUCUUGAUGAAAAUAAAAGUUUAUAUUUUUAUGAUAUAAGAGCAGAGAAAUGGAUAAACAAAUUUUCAGAUACGAUAAAUAAUAAUUUAAAACAAAAUAAUAAUGAUAGAAUAGUGACAGCAUCAUCAUAUAAACAGCAUUUAUGUACUGUUAAUUCUGUUGGGAAAAUCCUUUUUGAACCUAUAAGGUUUUCUAUAAAUUUUUUAGAUAAUAAAGUAGCAUCUAAAUUAAAUGUUUUAAAUAAUCCUUGUUCAAUUUCUAAUCCGACUUAUAUAAAUUUUUUAAAUUAUAAUUUUAAUUCUCUUGGAGAUGCCGAAAAUGCAAAUGCAUUGGAUGAGCAAUCCGUUUGUAGCCACAUCAUGUUUACGAACUUAAACGGGGACAUUGAAAUUCACAAAAAGUAUUAG